AUGUGUGAUGCUAGUGAUGUGGUUGUAGGAGCUGUUUUAGGGCAAAGAAAAGACAAGGUAUUUUGCUCUAUUUACAAUGCUAGUAAAGUCUUGAACGAUGCCCAAAUGAAUUAUACAGUCAUUGAAAAUGAGAUGUUAGCAGUAGUUUAUGUAUUUGAUAAAUUUAGAGCAUACUUGGUGGGUACAAAGGUUAUUAUUCUCACAAACCAUGCGGCCAUCAAGUAUCUCUUCAAUAAAAAGGAUGCAAAGCCUCAAUUGAUCCGUUGGAUUUUGUUACUACAAGAGUUUGACUUAGAGGUUUGUGAUCGUAAAAGAGCAAAAAAUCAAGUUGCAGACUAUUUGUCAAGAUUAGAGACUCAUGAGCAUGUUGUUGAUAACUUUUUCUACAUUCGGGAAGAGUUUUCGGAUAAGAAAUUAUUGUCUAUAAAGGAGUUGGUCUUCAUGAAGAGUUGUGAUCAAUGUCAGAGGUUUGGAACAAUUUUAAGGCGUCAUGAGAUGCCCCUAAAUAAUAUUCUUGAAGUUGAAGUAUUUGAUGUUUGGGAAAUUGAUUUUAUGGGACCAUUCCCACCAUCCAAUGGCAACUUAUACAUUCUAGCGGCAGUUGAUUACGUAUCCAAAUGGGUGGAAGCUGCAGUUUGUCCUACUAAUAAUACGAGAGUAGUGCUGAAGUUCAUAAAGAAGCAAAUAUUUUCCCAGUUAAGUACCCCAAGAGCUAUAAUCAGUGACGGAGGUACGCACUUUAUUAACACUUGGUUUAAGAAUCUUUUAGCUAAAUAUGGUGUUAGGCACAAGGUGACCACUGCGUACCAUCCCCAAAAAAGUAGAAAAGUUGAGGUGUCCAACCAGAAAAUUAAGCAGAUACUACAGAAAACCAUAAAUGGGCAGCAAAAAGAUUGGGCGGAGAAGUUAGAUGACGCACUUUGGGAUUACAGAAUAGCUUACGAGAUGCCCAUUGGGACAUAUUCAUAUCUCUUGGUUUAUGGUAAGGCAUGCCAUCUGCCUGUGGAGUUGGAACAUCAAGCAUAUUGUGCCGUGAAAAAGUUAGAUUUUGAGAUAAAAGUCGUAGGGGAGAAACAUUUGUUACAACUUGUUGAAUUAGAUGAAUUUUGGCUCCAUGACUAUGAAAAUGCCAAGCUAUAUAAGGAGAAGACUAAAAUAUGGCAUGACAAACAAAUUCAAGAAAGAGUGUUUGAACUCGGACAACUUGUUCUGCUAUUCAAGUCAAGGUUAAAGUUGUUUCCAGGUAAAUUAUGGUCUAAGUGGUCUGGACCUUUUGAAGUAGUACAAAUGAUGCCUCAUGGAGCAGUUGAACUAUGGAACAAAGAGAAGACUGAGAAGUUUUUGGUGAAUGGACAACGUGUAAAGCAUUAUUGA